AUGCGAUGGUUGUCCAGACCAGAGCGUCGUGAACUCAUCCUAGCUCUCUUCUCAAUCUCCAUCUACCUGUUCGCGUACAACCUCGAGACGUCCUUAAACUUUGUUGGCAUCGACCCGGUCGCAGCACAAGGCACUGUCCUACGUUCACUAGGCCUCGGCAGCACCAAGGUUAUCGGUCGCGACGGACGUAAACCUCCAGGAUGGCGGGACGAGUUGGAGUUGGAAAUCUUUGGGUCUUGGGAUUGGCAAGAAGGGAAUGUUGCAGGUGACGGGGCAGAGAGAAGCCAAGGCAAGGGUUCUGGUCGACAUGGCGCACAGUGGGUGCGCAGAGACACAAUCAACAGUGUGAACGCCCGGAGCCCACAAGACAAUGAAUCCGUCAACAAUGCUCGUCUGUGGUGGGGCGACGAUAUCCCUCUGACCCAAGUCAUCAAGCAUGCACCUGGCUAUUCUAUUGUGGACAACGUCUUUGCGUUCAAUGGAUCUGUGUAUCUUGUUACAGACGACAAGUCUAGUUUGCCUCCAGUAACGUCUAUCAUGGAGACUAUGGGCACUGGCUUCUCUCGCUGGGAAGUAUUGACCAAGGAGGAAGGUCAGCGAACCCUUGGGAAGUACGGUGGAAUAAUUCGAGGCGUCUCUUGGAUGUCUGGCAAUCCUUCUCCAUACAAUCUCACCCUAUUCGACCUUUGGCGGCUUCAGAGCACUCUAGACCCAUCCAUAGAUGCUGAAGGACGAACCACCCUUUCUCCACCACACCGCCUCAUCUUCCCCCACACCCGCUUCUUCACCGAUCCCAAUCCACCAAACGAACAACACUGGAUUCGCCGUGUACGUGCGGAGACUGGGUUCCAUCCCUACCUCGUAAAGGCAGCCUUCCCACACCUCGACAUUCAGUACUAUGAAGACUGGGAAGAUAUACACAAGAUGGCUGUUCCAUUCGUCUACGAACGCCUCGUUGUCUCCGAUCGUAAAGCCGCUGCUGCGUCUGUGAAUCGAGGUCAGCCUGUCAACUCGCCCGUGUUUGGUCUGGAGACGUCAAAAUACUGGUGGGAACCCAUCCGUCGAACGUUGGCGCUCUAUUUUGAUAGACUAAUGGAAGAGGUUGAUGCGGCGAGUGCGAAGAAGCAGGGGUUUUUCUCGUUCAGAGGUGGUCCCAAGCCUGUGAUCACGUUUAUUGAUAACCAGAAGGAAGGGGCUGCGAAGGGUCAGGCUGUUCUCGCUGCUGAAGAUUACAGCAGGCUCGGGCGUUCGUUGAGGAGGAUGGCGAGGGAGAGGGGAUACGAGUUCCAUACUGUUUCCACCAAUUUGACAGAGACGUCUUGGGAUCACAGGAUGGACACGAUAGUUCGGUCUACGAUUGUGCUGGGUACUCACGGUAACCAUCUACUGGAUUCCGUUUGGAUGCGGCCUUCGUCCAAGGCGACGUUGAUUGAAAUCUUCCCUCAAGACGAGUUCGUCCUAACACGCGAACUGCCUGCUCGGUCCAUUGGGGUCAACUACGUUGCAUGGAGGGGAAAUCAGUUGAGUCGUGUUCGGUGCCGGGCGUUUUCAGGUGAAAAUCUACCGACCACCUCGACGGAAACAAAUCAGCCUGUUAGCGUCGAUGCUGAUGCACUGGCGAACACCAUUCAUGAAAUUCUCGCCAGGAAAGAACGGUAG